AUGAACAAGAACGUAUCCGACAACUUGUCGUUGAUGACAAGAACCCUUCACUUGAUGUGGGGCCUAAUGGUUGUCCUCUAUUCACAUCGGCGCCUUCCCUCUCCCUCCUCUCCUACAACGAUGCUCGCACCUACUUCAAGCUCACGUAUUGUUCCUACUAACCUCUUUUUUCGUUGUGGCAUUUUGUCGAACAGUAUGUCAAAUGGGGUCUAUCGAAUGGUGGUUAGUGGUUUUGAUGGUUUAGUUUUGAAAUUUUUUGAGGUCCCCACAGGUUGGAAGUUCUUUGGUAAUUUAAUGGAUGUUGGAUUAUGUUCAGUAUGUGAUGAAGAAAGUUUUGGGACUAGUUCUGAUCAUAUUCACAAGAAAGAUGGAAUUUGGGCAGUUUUGGAGUAUAAUAAAAUGACUGAACAAUUGGGCGUGCUAAAAAUAAUUGUUGUGCAAGGGAAAAGGUUGGUGAUCUGGGAUUUCAAGACCAGUGAUCCUUAUGUUGUGCUCAAACUAGGGAACCAAGUAAAUAUGAUUAACAUGUCAAUUUCAUUUUUAGCUUUUUGA